GUUAAGAUUAAUGUUUGAUCAUAAUUUAGUGCCGAAGAAAAUAAUUAAAAAUGUCAAAAUACAUGGAGAUACUAAAUUUUUUAUUUCCAAAUCAAAACAAUGGCAUAUUUAAGUUUUCUGGGAUUUUCUCUGUACUCCAAGCUUCCUUGCACAUCUGUAAUAGCCAGUCCUCUCAUUUUCUUCCCUCCAAGGAUUAUUCUCAUGCUUCAUUUCACUCUCUCCAUUUUGGGUGCAAUGGGAAGUUCUGCAUCAAAUAUUUAUGUAUUUUAUAAUUUUCUAAUUAUUAUAAUGAUUUUGUGGAGCACCCGUGAAAAGGAAAACAUGGAACUGCUGCGUUUAGUAGUUGCUCUCGAAAUAUGUGCGUGUCUUAUAGACUUGUUUUAUCUUAUUACACUGAUUCAUGAAGUGCAUCAGUAUGUUUCAUUUAGAGGUAUAAUAUCUGCAAUUACUUCAUUACUUAAUUGGAUAAGUAGGCCUAUAAUAGUAUCGUAUAUAAUAAGAAUAAACAAUACUCAAGAAAAUGAAAGCCUAUCUGAAGAUUUUGAGAAUUCACGAUUCCAGUCUGCGAAGAAAAGCUCACUAAGAUUUGAAUCUGAGAAGAGAGAUUCAAUACAAAAUAAUCCAUUUGAGAGUCAAUACUUUGCUGUUUCAUCACAGGACGAUACACAUAAAUAAUAAUGAUAAUAAUGUACUCAAUUACCGAAUAUCGUAUAUAUAGAAAUAAACAUAAAAAUAAGUAAA